UCCACACUGUAGGGAUUCUAUGUUCUUAACUCUUGGAUGUGUAAAAGUAAAGCAAGGGGCUUAUCUCCUAAUUGCAUCAACUGGAGUCUCUGCUAAUAUACAAAUAAUGGCCACGCGGGGAGAUAUUGGAGAUAUUGGCCUGUCCCUGUGGAGAGGUAUCUCAGUUUGAAUCAAUGGGGAUAAAUUUAACUUGGGGAGAAGAACAAAACCAGGUCUUUUGUGACAAUUUCCAGAUGUAUAUUCCUUCCAAUAAUCAAUUUGAUUGAUAACAAUGGAAUGAAUAAUGGACCUGGAGAAAAACAGCCAGGCCUUCCCUCAAGAUGGAUUUGUACUGCGCGUUCCUCUAGAAAGGAAGAAACAUGAAAUGACAAAUUUGGUGGGUGGAAAAUUUUGUUUCUGUUCAACCCUUCAACUUCUGUUUAGAAAGUGCAAGUGGCCUGAGAAAGCAUCUGUUGAACCAACUUAUCGGAAACUACACAAGGUGUACAACUUUGACGAUUACUCUUCGAAAGGAGCUGCCGUCAUUACCAUUAAAAAAUUCCAUCCGAGUCUAAGCUUCAAGGAACAAACUGCGGGGAAUGAAAAUAAUGAGGAAGGAGGAGACGAUUCUGUUCUGAAAAAUCAUGAGUUUUGGGAUUAUGAAAAGCAAAUUGAUCUGGAGUCCUUUAACGCUAACACAUUCUAUCAAAUUCUGCUGAAGCAGUCACUUGCUGUGUCUAUCAGGUUAAGUCAAUAUAAGAAUGAGGUGAAGACAUUAUACCAAAAAAUAGAUAAGGAGACUGCUUCACUCAGGGAACUUUGGAUGGAAAGAAUGCACUUUGCUGGAAGAGCUGUAGUUAGUAACAACAAAGACAUGGAAAUGUAUGAGAAAAUGUGCCUCAAGAUAAGGACAGAGAUUGAGAGGCAAAAGCAUAUUGGGAUGGAGUUUGAGGAGGUUCUGAACAGACAGCUGCAACUACUUCUCAGUGACUGGAGCUGCCGUGAGGAGCAUCACAUCUCCUUCAACACAGUCCUGAGAGAAGCAGUACGGUUGGUGAACGAAAACAUUGUCAACAGCAAGAGGCACAAGAUACUGCCAGGCACCAGAGUUGCUGAGCAGUUCGAAGCAUUGAUAUUACAAAUGUCAGAUGUCAUCACGAGCGAGUGUCAGAGAUUAAAUACUUGGGCUCUUCUAGGGGAUGGAACCGGCACGCAGCUCAUAAGCAAGAAUACAUCUAAAGCACUCUCCAAGGAGGAACUCAUCGGAGCUGAUGGAACAAUCCGAGCAUGUGACCUCCAGUUGGAUCAGCUGACAGGGCUGGUUACUCCAUGUCCUGACACUGUUAUGCUUCUGGCCAACAAAUACUUCAUGUAUGUGCCUGAAGGCUAUUUCCUGCACCCUCAGACUGGCAGGGUGCUCCCUAUCGCUGGCAACGUGUGUUACGAUUCCACAAAGUCCAAGCUUAUCUCACUCACGGACUCAUCAGGUAUGGUUGUGCCUCUCGGAGGUGUUACAGAAUCUUCAAACACUCCCCUGAUAAUUGGGGACAGUUUCUUGGAGCCUCUCAGUUGAAAGUCUACUCGGAUUUCGGGUGCUUAUAUUCAAGGGAAUCGGGUGUUGCCAUGUGCAGGCGGUUAUCAGGCCCUGCUAGAUGCUGUCACUCUGGCCUGUGAGAUCCAAAUGCUGGAAGUGUUGAAAGAAAAUAUGGCAAUGCAGAAGUCAGCAAUGCCUUCCUGUCCUCAGAAGCAGCUGAGCUUGCUAAUGGGUGCAGUGGAUGAUUUAGUGAAGGCACGGGCCAGAAGCUGGGCACACAUCAUUCACACUGCGUACAACUUGCAGAGACAGAGAAAAGAAGCCAGGCAGUUUGCAAACAGUGGUGGAAGCAUAGGGAUGAUCUCAUUUGCUAGCACUGGCCUGCUGAUACCUGCUGUCAUUGGGAUGCAGAUACCUGAUCCUGGAGGUUCUGACCUGGAAGUGCCUAUUUUAGGGGUGGAAAUU